CCCUGGAAUAAAGAAGUGCAUUGACAGGUCGGGGAAGGCCUGGCUGCUUGUUUUAUUUAUUUUUAAUUUAUUUGACACGCCGCGUACUGCUUAAUAAUUUAUAUCAGAGACCUGUGGAGCACAGUAAAAAAAUGGUGUACGAGACUGUCACUAAUCCGCGUUACCAGCUGUUUUCAUUUGCUUGUUUUCUGAUGAUGCUUUCAACAGCAGAAGUAACGGGCGCGAAGAAUUCUGAAGACAUCAGAUGUAAGUGCAUAUGUCCGCCCUACAAGGACGUCUUUGGGAAGAUCUACAAACAGAAUGUGUCUCUGAAGGACUGUAAUUGCUUGCACGUUGUGGAGCCCAUGCCUGUUGAAGGAAAAGACGUGGAGGCAUACUGUCUGCGAUGCGAAUGCAAAUACGAGGAAAGGAGUUCUGGCACUAUAAAACUGACCAUCAUCAUUUACCUGUCCAUCUUGGGCCUCUUGAUUCUCUACAUGGUGUACUUGACCCUGGUGGAGCCAGCACUCAAGAGACGGCUCUUUGGACACUCCCAGCUCAUCCAGAGCGAUGACGACCUAGGGGACCAGCAACCCUUCGCUAAUGCCCACGACGUGCUGUCGCACUCACGCUCGCGUCCCAACGUGCUGAACAAGGUGGAGCACGCCCAGCAGCGAUGGAAGAGGCAGGUGCAGGAGCAGCGGAAGUCCGUCUUCGACCGACAUGUGGUGCUCAGCUAGAGCCCCGGAACCAGGCGGCGAACGGACUGAAUUAGCAGAACCACUGUGACUCGACUUACUCUAUCCCUUUUCCCAAUUAUCCCCACCUUUCAGUGAUGCUGCCACAUCCUCACUAGCAGUCAGCUGUCAACAACUGGAUCUUACCUUCUUUAUGUAGAUUUUUUUUUUUUGAGCCGUGUGAGAUGUUUAACUCAAGGUUGUAGAACAAGUAAUAAAAAAUGUGGUAGACUUACACUUCAGGUUUGUUAAGACAUUUGGUAAAUGUAGAUAUAUUGGUCUUUUAUUAAUUUUGAGCCAGAAUUCAAUUUUAGACUUGCACAAAUGCCAAACAGAUUAGAGUGUUAAUGAGGAAUUGUUAAAUUGCUUUGUAGUAGUGACCCAAGUUCAGUCACUGUGUGAGACUGAUGCCUACACUCAGCAGGGCACAUAAAGACCUGCAGGUCACCUUUGGCAGAUGUCGCUCUCCUCCAGGCAUGUUUCUCCAUGCAUCCAAUGAAUCUUACGUCCGAUCGAAUGAAAAGCAGCCGGUUCUCACAGCACACACUUCAGAGAAGAUGUAUGGCUGUGUCUACUCCUCCCGAGUUGACUUGCUCGUGAUAUUUUGAAGAAAGCUACAAUACCAGUGAAAAGUUUGAGUACACUUGCUGCUCAAACUAGUUUUUUCCCACAAGGCAUUUGCUUAACAAAAGUCUAAUUUGGAGAUUAGCUGCCAUGUCUUCCCAGCUCUUCUGCAGCAGUUCCCAGAUGUAUAAGAUACUUGUGUGGUGCUUUGUUUUCACUCUUCUUUCCAGUUUGAUCCAUACAGGUGUUGCCCAUGUGUACUCAGGCUUUUGACUGGUACUGUAUUUUUGAUUGCACUUUAUAGAAACUUUGAAGAUAAUGGGUUAUUUUUCAUUUUUUACAGACCUCAAAAAAAGUCCUAAAAAAACUACUGCACACAUCUGCUUAUGGUAUCUACUGUACAUAAUUUUUGAACAAAAGUGGUACGUGGUCUGUCUCCUAGCCGAAAUUCUUA